UUGCCGCGAGAGGGCGUUUGCUGUGCUCCGAGUGUUAACCACGUGUAUAUUUUCCGUGUCAAUACGCCGACGCGAUGCGUGCCUAGAAUAGCAACCGGCCUAUUCGUGUGUAAACGAAUCUUAAAAAUGGGUUAACGCUAACGAGAUAAUGACUGUUCUAUUCGAAUUUAAAAUGGAUUACAAAGAGGUGAGGAAACGGACUGUAUAAUAAUGGAUUUUGUUUGAAUGGAAGUUGAAUAGAAGUGACAAAGAUGGAUGAUAGUUCGCCGGAUCUGUCGCUCAAACUGCGACGGGGGUCAAGCGACUCAAGGGAGUCCUUCUACAUGGACUUUGCUCAGGGGAUCGACUCGGAUAUUGAGGAAGUGACAACUAUUGAGAGGAUAAUUCCGGAGCACCCGGGCGGAAGGACUGAAGGCGAUUCAGAUACGCUCGCUACUCCAUCUGGGCUUGAAGACAAGGAUUUAUCACAAUGCUGUUUCUCAAUACCCACGAACAACAUGUCUGGCGGCUCCCACGUCUCAAGAGGGACAUUCGGAGACUCGGAGUUGUCUGGAAGCAGUGCCCCGCCUCUUCCCAGUCCGGCGUCUGCAAGUGCCGCCCUAGUGUCUCCAGAGACCCUCAGCAGACAUAGCAGUCCACCACCUAUACCAACUCAUCCCUCAUGCCAGCCAGCACCGUCGUGUUCUUCUCACCAUGUUCAUAUAGAAUCGCCUUUAAGGUUGCCAAGUCCACCAUCUCUCGGUACUUCACUAUCGCUGCAGCCAGUGUUGUAUGGGCAAUCAGAAGGCGGGUCACCGCGACCGCCGCUGCCACCCGCCCGGCGACCCUCUCGACCCGCUAACGCUAUACCCAAUAUGCAUAUAAUUAGCGCGAGUGAAGCCUUUGCUACGACGUUAUCUGCGUUAUAUGGAAAGUUACUCGUUGUGAUGGGCAUAGCUUUUCCAAUGGCUGAAGUCAUCUCUACAUACAUCCCACCAUCGUUUUAUGAGGGUUUCUACUUAUACCUGUACAUAGGGAGUAUGGUUUUCCUGUUAUAUAUGUACGCCGCGUUACUUCGAGACCGAUCCCGCAACGCACCUGACACCGUUGUGACCAAAUCCGACUCAAGCUCAUCACAAUCAGAAUCAGAUUCCUGUUCAUCAAGAACAGAGCGUAGUACGGCGACUGCAGCCCACGUCCCACCGCAGUACCUGGGCAAGCGACUCUCUUUGGGCUUCGCACUCACAUCUAGAACACACCACUACGGCAGCUUCUAUUUGAGAAUGGGUGCAGUUGCUUUUGGUAUCGGAUCUAUGAUCUACUCGGGACUAGAGUUUGGCCAAUACUGGGAACUGGAGAGAAACACGAAUUGUCACAACGUUCUCCUAGCACUCACUCCUGCUACUAGAAUGGCCUUCAUCUUCAUACAGAUGUAUUUCAUCUUUCUCAACAAUGAGAUGAAAGUUUACAAGCACAAAAUAGCGGCGCGAUUUGGUUUAAUGCAUAUGGUGGGAACUAAUUUAAGCGUAUGGCUGAACGUCCUAGUGCAAGAGACGAAACACGAGAUACUAACGUUCUACGAUCCCGAAAACAAGACUAUUGGCUUAUCACAUAGACUAGCGUUCCAGAAGGCAUUUGCGUCUCUAGCAACAGAAGUCCCCCCAUCGCACCCUGCGGCAGCCCAUCUCCGAGUUCCCCGUGGACUUAAAGGCCCUCAUCACAUCUUCGAAUGUCGUCGGACGAACAUUAUGGGUUCCCUAGUCCAAGACGCUUCACCAUUCCUCUUUCCAUGUACUAUCGAAUACUCUCUGAUCUGUGCGGCCAUUUUGUACGUCAUGUGGAAAAAUAUAUCCAAAUACCCAUCAAAAGACGUGGCCGAAGCGAUCGCCAAAGCCCGGAUCUUGGAAGGAUUAGCGUACAAAAAAUCUCCACAUUUGUACAGCGUGGACUGUGCGAGGGCGCACAAAGGACUCUUCUUCGGAAUUUUUGUAUUAGUUCUAACUAUCAUAUCCCUCAUUCUGUUCUUCGUUCUGGUAUCUAAGAAGGAUUACGCUACCCUAGCAGUGGUAGAAGUGAAUCUUUGCGAAUUGGGCUUGUAUGCGAUGACCACGAUAGCGAGUUUGGCGGGAAUGGUAUGCGUCAGAAAUCUCAAGUACGACGGCAAUCGAAAUCUCGAAUUGGACAAUAUACUCCUCGUCGGGGCACAAACGGGUAUGUUCAUAUACGGUACAUUCACAAUCAUCGGUGGUCAUUUCACCAUCGAGAAGAACACAAUACUCAUAUUGGUGACAGCCCUGUCGUCGCUAGUGCAAACGACGUGCCAGACCAUGUUCAUCCUUGACGCGAGUCGGAGAUCGGCGAAAACUCCCGAACAGUUGCGAAAAAAACCGGGAAGGGAGAUAGUCACGUUCCUAUUGGUGACGAAUCUUGCUAUGUGGGCCAUAAAUACUCUAGAGAAGUCGAGGGCGGAAUCUCACCCGGUGCAACUGCAUUUCUACGGACUGUGGGCUUGGACGAUAAUAACGCACGUGUCUAUGCCCCUCGCGAUCUUCUACAGAUUCCACUCGACGGUUUGUCUAUGCGAGAUCUGGAAGCGAGCGUAUAAAAUGAAACCGGCCUACAUGUAGCACAUUGAUGUUAAUGGUCGCGUUGGUAAAAAGCGAAUACUUUAAAAGUACGACUCGCAUAGAUUAGUGCCAUAUUCAACUCUCUGUAUUAAAUUUUAGCUAAGUUUCACGUCAUGUCUCCGAGUGCACUUAUAUUUGUUCCGAAGUUAUCGCUAUGUUAAGUUGUGCGUAGAUGUAUAAUGUGUUAUUUAUUUGGUAGCUUUAUUAGACGCUUUAAUAGGAACUCAUGUUGUUAGUCUCAGUUUGCAUUUAGAACGGGUUGGAUUUUAAUUUUAGCGUUUAGGAUUUUAUACAGGCUGCUUGAACGGCAAUUUUAGAUUUAAAAUGACAUCAAUAAAUCAAGUCAAGAAUAUUUCCGGGGCUGUCUGAUAGAUGUCGCUUUUUGUGUUGCCCUCCUAAACAUUUAACAACGUAAAUAAAUAAUCUAUUGUUCCACUGUUGCUUAUUUAAAUUUCAUACGAAUACUCACUCAUAACUUUCAUAUAUAGAAAAUAUAGUUUUCCUCUUACGUGUAAGCAGCAAUAAAUUUAUAUUCUUAAGUAGUCUAAGCAGCCUGUUUAUUGUUAUAAUAUUAAGCGAUUAAACAUUUACCUGUGUUCAUAUUUCAUGUUACACGUUAGAUCUAGAACAUUCCACGUCACUCAUAAUCCGCAUUUUUCACACUGAUUCAAAGGAAAUGUCUUCCAAUAGGUUAUAUUUUUUAUAUAGGAACGUUGUCCACUGUAUUUUUGUGAUACAGAAUGCGCUUUGAUAUGUAAUAGAUGGAAACGUGGUUAACGGUUACUAUAAGGUUCAUCGAGUAGACGAAAACUGUUACGUCUAAAUAAUACUUAUUUAAAAUGGAACUUUGAUUUUUUAUACGUAUGCGUUCUAUGCAUAUAACUAAAUUUACUUAAAUAUACUCACUUGGAAAACAAUUUAAAUAUAAAGACAGAUAGAAGUUGUCUUUUAUUGAAAUACGCCAUAGUUUUCGUAUAUUCGAAGAAUUGUAUUAACCCCACAGAGCUUGAGUGAUUAACCUCUGUUAAGAACAUGACAAAUUGUCAUAUUCCGAACGAAUUAAACACGUUUAAUUUCGCGUUAUGCCUUGCCCCAAUUGUGAGGGCAUCAUAAUUCCAAAUAUUUGUAUUAUUGUAGUAUUUUCAUAAUAAAUACGUGAAGAAAAAAAAAAUAAAUGGCCUUUGAAGGGGUUGAACACUCGAGAUAGCGCCAUCUAUUACCGAAUAUUAACACCGAAAAUCUAAUUUUGUUAAAAUUAAUUUAAUCCAAUGGGAACAAUAAAUAGACGACCUAAUUUUGUAACAACUUUGAUACACCGAUAUUUAUUAAGUUUUUAAUAUUUUGAAUUUGAGAACAUUUUAGCGGUAUUUGAAACUGUAGUGUAUUUUGGAUAAAAUUUUAAACAUAGCAAUAAAAUAAUAUGGACCCAGUAGUUAGUAAAUGUAACACCAAAGUUUUAUAUUGGUAAUUUUGGAGCUUAUUAUACCAAUAAAUAUUUUUACCGCUAGGGAUUCAUAUUUUUUGAUAGACUUAGGCGUGAAGUCCGAAGUAUCGGACACCAAUCUUUUCCAAACCUUUUGUGACCUGAACAAAUGGUUCGGAAAUAAUGUUUACUGGUAUUUAAGAUUUUAGUAUUGCUCAAAUCUAUCUUAAAUACCAUUUUUCGUAUAAAACUUUUUCCCAAUAUUGAUAUUUCAUAGAACGCUUUUUAAAAACUGCUUUAAUAUGCUAACUUUAUUCAUUCUCGCAUUCCUAAUAUUUGGUCCUUACCGUGAAUAAACAAAUGAAUACAAGAGAGACAAAAUCAGGAACGACGAGGCUUCUGAAUAAGUUAAGUUUAUAUAAGUGUAUGCUUAAAUACUAUGAGAUUUAAUACUCAAUGUAAAAUGUAGUUCUUAAUAUAUUUAAAGUAACUAUUUAAUCGCUAUUCGUAUAGGCGUUUUAAAUUAUACUGUAGCCUUAAAAGAUAAUAAAUGAUCUUUUAUUGUUUUGUUUAUAAAAUUACGAUGUUAUUUCGUGUCAGUUUUGUAUUUAAAUUUUUAAGGCAUAUUUGAUUUAUUUACCUGGUUUCUAUAAUUACGAUACCAGUUUUAAUUACAAUGAGUUGGCCUAGCGAAGCAGCCUUAGCUUUACCAUAACUUUGACAAGUUCAAUUCUUAGUAUUGCCCUUAACCGUCAGAGGGCGCUUUGAGAUUUUAUACAGAAAUUGUUGAACCAGUUAAAUUUUACAAUAGCGUUUAAUGGAAAGCCUCUUAAACUCAUAGUAUUCGUACAUCUACAUCCUUAGCACAAACUAUAGUUACGAAUAAUCAUUUUAACGAUUACAGCACAGCGCUCUGUGAGUGUUUUUGGAACUAAAUAUAUGCACACAUCGUUCGAAUAGCAUCCGUAUGUCAUAUAAAGCUAUAAGUUUUCAAUUUCUUAAGCUGACAUCGAUUUAGGUUUAGAAAUUCGUAUAUAAUAAUAAUACAUGAGCAACGAAAAGUUUCAUAACUAGUCCACGUGUUGCGCCAUGAGGGCUACCACCUCCUUCAAUUAAUUAUAAUGGGUAAAGGCUAAACGGCGUGAAGAAGGAAAAAAUGGCUUCGCAAAAUUAGGGAGUGGAUGAACUGCUGCAUUUGGCAGAGAACAAGGCUUCACGAAACUGUCGGCCCACUGUCAGUAACGUAGUGAUACCAAAAGAAGAUGAAUUCGUAUUAAAACUAUCGUAAUGUUUCUGCUAGGAAAACUGUUAUAUCUAACAGAAAACCCCACCACUCGUACUAAUUAUAACUGGUAUCCUAAAGAACCCAUUAUUAUACAAAUCGCAGAAUGACACUGUACAUAAUUUGUGAAGCAUUUCACAUUUAAACAAACGAUAUUUAUAAUACCAUUUUUGAAGAUAUUUACAAUAAUUUUGUUUGAAAUGAAGUAAUAGUGAUACUAGAAUAAUGUUUUGAAUUGUAUUUGUACACUAUUUAUUUGUUUAGGUGAUAAUGUGAAUAGAUAUUAAGUGUCUUUGAUGUUUAACGUUUAUAAAUUUUCAUAUAAUUAUUCUACGCAUUUGUGAAAUUUCUUGAAAAUAUUCUUAAAAUAGAUACAACUAUGCAAAAG